AUGGGUCGUGUUUUACUUCUCCUCUUGAGUGUUGUUUUUACAUCAUCAUCAAUAACAAACGCCUUUCUUUUCGACAAGAAAGGUCUGUUCCUUGUUCCAUCAGUUGCGUUUCGUGAUCGUUCGUCAGCAUCGCAAUGGACUUUAUACAAUCAAGGAUGGCAUUACGAAGAAAAUCCUGUGAAAGCUUUAUUGAUGGAGAAAUCCUUGGAGCUUAUUGUUCAGAAAGAUCUGGAUCGAAACCGAGUGAAAAUGUUCACAGCCGAAGGAAAAGAAAAGAAAGAUGUGUGUAUUGAUGGUCUCACCCGAUCGAUGUGUACAAAAACCGAUAAUGAAGGCCGUAUUAAAAAUCCAUUUACGAUGACCAAUGAGGAAAUUGAAUUGCUUCGUCAACCAGGUGGCAAUGGAGGUAAAGUUACUUUCCAAGCGUCAAUUCCAAAAAAGAACAUCAAAACGCAAGGUGAAGUUUAUUUAUGUGACGACGAAGGUGUAACUUUCAUCAGUGAUAUUGAUGAUACAAUUAAAAUAACUGAAGUGACGUCAUCGACUCAAACAUUAAUUAACACGUUUAGUGGCGAUUUCAAAGCAGUACCAGGUAUGGCCGAGAUCUAUCGACACUGGGCAGGUCAGUACAAUGCAACCUUUGCAUAUCUGACAGCAUCGCCCGAUCAAUUAUAUCCGUUUUUACGUGAAUUUUUUGACCGGGAACAGUUCCCAUCGGGUUCGGCUCACAUGAGACAUUUCACAUGGUUCGAUGUGAACUUUAUCUCGUUUUUCAUGUCGUCAAAUUACAUCAAGAAGAAAACGGAAACGUUAGAAAUGUUCUUACAGAAUACACGCAAUCGUCGGUUCAUUCUACUCGGUGAUAUCUUUCAAAAAGAUUCGGAUAUCUAUGCGAGCGUCUACGCAAACUAUCCAGAUCGUAUAGCGAAAAUUUUCAUUCGAAAGUAUGCUAAUGAUGUUGACGGUCAACAACGAUUGGAAACUAUUUUCAAAGAUAUUCCACGGGAAAAAUGGGCAACGUUCGAAACCGGUGCUGAUCUUCCGCGAAGUAUUUUUUAA